GCGUAACUGGAGCAUGCGCAGUGACAAGUUUACACGAGAGUGGUAGCGUUUUUAGUCGUUUGUUGUAAUUACUGGUCGUAACAAAAUCAAAUAAAGAUUUUUGCUAUUAUGUCGAAGAAAUUUAGUAACCCCAGCCUGCUGACGAAAGAGCGUUUGAAAAAGGAACUGGAGAGUAAUGGUAUUCAACUUCCACGAGGCGAACACAAAAAAGAAAUUUAUGUUCAACUAUAUCGAGAGCAUUUGUCUCCUGAAGGUGGACUUACCUCUGCUAAUGGCGAGUUUAGCUCAGACGAUGAUAUGGAUUUUGGGGAAUCGCCUCAAAAUAGGCAAAUCGUACGUCGUGAAGGUCGGAGCGUUAGACAGAUAGCUCCUAAGGAUGUUGUUAGUUCUGAUAUAUUGUCAAUGACGGAUGAAGAACUCAGAGUGGAAUUACGAACCCUUGGGUCACCAGUUGGCCCUAUCAUGCCAAGCACAAGGCAACUUUACGAACGAAAACUUGAUGACGAUGUUGAUGAGAAUGUUGGAGAUGAGACACCGCCAGAUGAAUUCUUUUUUCCUACUGAUGAAAAAAAUGGUGAAAAGAAUUAUGGUGAAACUUUUACCAAAAAUUUCCAAAAUAAGUCCUCGAAAAAGGAAAUGACCCGCGAUUUCUCUGCUUCUUCUUCACACAAUGUUGAACGUAGCUCAACCUUUGAUCGCAAGACAACUAAUAAGGUUCGUACAAAGAAAGGGGAUAAGUUUGAAGAAGAGAGUUGGUCCACUGCAACUAACAAUGAAGAUGAUGACACAUCACUUCAAUUGCCUGAAGGAUUACCAUCACAUUUGCAAAAUGCAUUGACAGCUUCAAGUCCGUUCAAGAGCCAAACACUGGCCACUCCUACCAAAGGGGAACGUGUCACUCCCCAAUCCAUUUCAACACCCACAAGAAGAGGGAGAAAACAGGGACAGCCUGCACCAAAGAAUGUUUCUGCUAAAACAGGUGCGAAAGUGAAGGACAGGGAAACGGCAUCUAAACGAAAGACCUCCACAACGUGGCAAUGGAUUUUGUUCGUAAUUGUACUCGUUCUUUAUGUUCUUGCUAUCGCGAUGUUCUUGGUGUAUAACUUGGAGAAAACGCCAGUUUUUUGAUAACGUUGAAAUAGAAGAACCACCUAAACCUUCAAAUCAAUCUUGACAUUUCCCCCAUGACAGUCAUAAUGUCCUUAUUUUUUAAUUAGAUGACCAGAAAUACUCUCUGGUUAUCUACAGUUUUUUACGGCAAUACACUCGCAAAAGUAGUUUUGUUUUUUUUUGAAGUAAAUGUACGCGUUGAACUGGAAAGAUUAUUGUCAUUGGCUAAUUUGUUAGUGGAUAAUCUUAAGUCCGAGAUCCACCAAAAUGGAAAACUGCUACACUAAUAUAGUCGAGUUCUUUUUUCUGUACAAUUAUAACAAGUGUUAGUUAAGUAUUGAAUUAAGUCAAUCAUGUGACUUACAAUUACAAUUUCAUAGUUGCUCGUAUAAAAUGCGAAGACAUUUUAA